CUGCCAAGUUUCCCCGCACAGUUCAGGAAUUUUUAAACGGGGCUUUAGAGCUUUUUCAGAAGUCUCCCCCUUUUCCCUCUCAAAGCCCGGAUUGGCCACAGUGCGGCUCAUUUGCAUGCCUCCCCAUAUAAACCCUCCUGCAGACACUGCAGCCCUUCUUGCGCUGAGAGCAGCACAACUCCAGAACAGAGAGCUGAGCGCAUAUACAGUGCGCAACCAAAGACAAAUGGAAUAUUUAUGAAAGGGUUUAUACUAACAAAGAGUCGACAGUUGCGUUGUUUUGACCUUAAAUUGGACUCACUACGGACACUUUGCUGAAUUUCACAUUAUUUUCGGAGUGAAGCUCUCAAGAUGGGAGGAAUAGGGUGGAACGGGCUGCUGGUGCUCGUGUGCGUCUCUUUGACAAGCAUCUCUGCUGUCACACAAGGAAAAACGAUUAAAUAUCAGACAUUUGAGGAAGACGCGCCGGGGACAGUGAUUGGAAACUUGGCCAAGGACAUCUCCUCCUCUCCCUCCUUGUCGGGAGGCUCCAGGAACAAUUUCAGGAUGAUGAAACAGUUCAACUCCUCUUUCAUCCGUCUGAGGGAGAGCGACGGGCAGCUGACCAUAGGAGAGAGGAUAGACCGGGAGCGGAUCUGCAAACACACCCUGCACUGCCUCAUCGCUUUCGACGUGGUCACCUUCUCCAAAGAGCAGUUCAAACUCAUCCAUGUCGAGGUGGAGGUCAAGGACAUCAACGACAACUCCCCCGAGUUCCCACGGAAAGAGUCGAGUCUGGAGAUCUCCGAGAACACAGCGGUGGGCACGCGGAUCCCACUGGACUUUGCCGUGGAUGAGGACGUUGGUGUGAACUACAUCCAAAGCUACCAGAUCUCCGUUAAUAGUCACUUUUCAAUCGACGUGCUCAGCAGAGCCGACGGGGUUAAAUAUGCGGAGCUGGUGCUUAUGAAGGAACUGGACCGGGAGACGCAGUCGUCUUACGCGCUGGAGCUUGUGGCCAUGGACGGAGGGAACCCGUCCCGCACCGGAACCACGCGCAUCAACAUCAAGGUGAAAGACUACAACGACAACAGCCCGGUGUUUGACAGGAGCAGCUUCUCCGUGGACUUGCCCGAGGACGCGCCCGUGGGCUCGCUCCUACUGGACCUGAACGCUGAGGACCCGGACGAGGGUCUGAACGGUGAGGUGGUGUACGGGUUCGGUCACCAGGUCCCCCAAGAAAUACGACAACUCUUCAGAGUUGACAGGAAGACGGGGCGGCUCACUCUGGAGAGCCCGAUUGACUUUGAAAGUAAGAAGACGUACGAGUUUGACGUCCAGGCCACCGAUCUGGGUCCGAACCCGAGCCCGGCAAUCUGUAAAAUAGUAGUGCAGGUGCAGGACGUGAACGACAACGCACCGGAGAUCUCCAUCACCCCCAUGACGUCCAUCACGGCGGGGAUAGCGUACAUCACUGAGGCUGCAGCCAGAGAGAGUUUCGUGGCGCUGGUCAGCACCUCGGACAGAGACUCUGGCGCAAACGGACAGGUGCACUGCACACUGUACGGACACGACCACUUCAAACUGCAGCAGGCAUACGAGGACAGCUUCAUGAUCGUGAGCACCAGCCCCUUAGACCGGGAGAAGAUCCCCGAAUAUAACUUGACAGUGGUGGCGGAAGAUCUGGGCUCCCCGCCCUUCAGGACCAUCACUCAGUACACCAUCAGACUGACGGACGAGAACGACAACGCGCCGGUGUUCAGUAAACCGGUGUAUGAGGUGGCGGUGGUGGAGAACAACGCUCCAGGUGCGUACAUCACCACGGUAGUGGCGCGGGACAUGGACAUGGGGUCAAACGGGAAGGUCAGCUACAAAUUGGCGGACACCUACUUAAUGGGCUCCCCCAUCUCCACCUUUGUGUCCCUGGACCCGGCCAGCGGCUCACUGUACGCGCUCCGCAGCUUCAACUAUGAGGUGAUGAAGCAGCUGGAGCUGCGCAUCACGGCCAGUGACGGCGGCUCCCCGCCUCUGUCCGGCAGCGCUAACGUCUAUGUGAGGAUAGUGGACCAGAACGAUAACGCACCCGCCAUCACUCACCCGCCUCUCUAUAACGGCUCCGCUGAGGUCCUGCUGCCCCGGGACGCACCGACCGGCUACGUCAUUACGCGGGUGGAGGCGCGCGACGCGGACGAGGGCGUGAACUCGGAUCUUUCCUUUGGUUUAGCCACCGGUGAACCCUACGUGCUCUCAGUAAACAAAGCCACCGGGGAAAUCUACCUGAACCAGGUUCUCAAUCACGACGUGGACGAGACCCUGACUGUGACUGUGACAGUGAGUGACAACGGGAGACCCGCUCUCACCUCCACGGCCACGCUCCACUUCCUCGUCGUGGCGGGCGCCCCGCUGAGCGACAGGACAGUGUACCAGUCACCAGGCGGGGGUGACGAGGUGCACGCGCAGUGGGACCUGUCCGUGGUCAUUAUUGUCGUCCUCGCGGGCAGCUGCACGCUCCUGCUGCUCGCCAUCAUACUCAUCGCCACCACCUGCAACCGGCGCAAGCACGACAAAGGUGGAGAAGACAGCGACUCAUACGGGGAGAAGGGCACACUGGAGCGUGGCAGCAGGAGUCACGUGGCGGACAACCCACUAAUCCCUCUCCACGGGGCCGCGGCAGGGACAGCAUUUGAUGGUCACUCUUACGGCAGCCAGUCCGGGGGCUUCACCUCAGCUCACCCCGGGAGCAGUGACCUGUGCUCGGCGUCAGAGGACGGCAGCGAGGUGCCAUGUGUGUACGACUCUGACAGCAACAACAAGCAGCGUGGGAAUAAACACGAGGGAUACUCUACUCUGCCCGGUUAUGGGAAUGGAAAGGAGGCAGUGAGACCCAUCACCAUCUGGAAGGGAAACUCAUACACCACAAUCUCUGCCAGAGACCCGGCCUUUAGUGGCAAAGACAGCGGGAAGGGGGACAGCGACUUCAAUGACAGCGACAGUGACGUCAGUGGAGACGCUGGACUGAAGAGAGACGGCACUGUGGUUCCUCCCAUGGGUGGCCAAAAUGCUCUGUGGGCUUGCACCAGUGAAUGCAAGGUCCUGGGUCACUCAGACCGCUGCUGGAGUCCCUCAGCAGUGAGAGCCAACGUGGCCCCUUCUCCGGCCCCGACCCUCUCCUCCUUCAGCAGCCUCCCCAAGACGGCCUCCCUGCCCCGGGACCCCAACCGCAGGGACAACUACAACCAGGCCCAGAUCCCCAAAACAGUGGGUCUGCAGAGCGUGUACGAGAAGGUGCUGCACAGAGAGUUCGACUACGUCAUGGUCUCGUCACCGCAGCCCGUGAGGGCCCAGGAGAUCAGUGACAUAACCAUCCCUGUUUACACCCCCACCCCGACACACUGCCCCAACAACGAGGCCUGAACUAGCACUCUCAACAGCAAUGUAAAGUUUAUUUAAUUUAUGAAUCAUUG